GGGGCGGGGAGCAGGAGGAGGGGCGGGGGGAGAGGGGGUUGGUUAGGGCAGAGAGCAGCAGCAGCAGGUCAGCAGCAGCAGCAGCAGCAGCAGCAGCAGCAGCAGCAGCAGCAGCAGCAGCAGCAGCAGCAGCAGCAGCAGCAGCAGCAGCAAGAGAGGAGCAGGAGGAGGAGGGCGAGUCUGGAGGGUGUGGUGGGCCCACGCUGAAGGUGCUGCAGCAGCAGCAGCUGUUGAGCAGCAGCAGACAGGCAGCAGCGGCUGGACCGCGCGGCGCGAAGCGGCAGCUGCAGCAGCAGCAGCAGCAGCGGGAGGAGAUCUGCGGUGGAGCUGCUGCAGCAAAUAAUAAAAGUGGAUAUUGUCUUUUGGCUGUUUGGGGGGGAGAAAAAGCAAAGAAAUGCAAAGAGGGGCUGCCGACGCAGCAGCAGCAGCAGCAGCGCAGCAGCAGCAGCAGCAGCAGCAGCAGCAGCCGAGCAGCGAGAGAGCCAGCGCAGCAGCGUGGCGAGUGGCGCGGGGCAGCAGCAGCGCAGCAGCGGGGCUUAAAUGGAGAACUUGGGCUCGAAUUUUCUUUGUAUAGACACCCGAAACCCAGGCCUUCUUCUUGGCCAGGCCUCGCGGGCCCAGUGGGAGACAGCCGCAGCGGCGUCGCUCAGCAGCAGCAGCAGCAGCAGCAGCAGCAGCAGCAGCAGCAACAUUGCCGGAGCAUUGCCGCAGCAGCAACAUUGCAGCAGCAGUGCAGCACUGCAGCAGCAACGCUGGAGCGGGACUGCAGCAGCGUUGCCGCAGCGGGACAGCAGCAGCUGCAGCUUUACAGGAACAGCAGCAGCUGCGCAAGAGCAGCAGCAGCUGCAGCAGCAGCAGCAGCGGAGAGGCAGCAGCAGCUGCUGCUGCUGCAGUUCAGCGCGGCAGCAGAAUAG